UUAGAAAUACAAACGCCGCAGCCGCAGGACAUUCUGGCGGCGCCCUGAUUCUGACCGGCGGAGCUUCUGGUGGACCGCCGACAAGCAACGUCCACCUCCGAGUGGCUCGAUAGUUCCAGAGGGCACAGUUGCGUGUUGUUGAUAUGGCAAACAGCAAAUACGAGUACGUGAAAUCAUUCGAAGUUGAAGAUGAAGUUAUGUUUCCAAACGUGAUUGUUGUUCGAAUCCAAGGCCGCAAUUUUCGCGGAUUUGCGGAUGCUCAUGAGUUUGAGAAACCAAAUGACGAGAGGGCUUUGAAUUUGAUGAAUUCUUGCGCAACUUCUGUUUUAGAGGAUUACCAUGACAUAGUCUUCUCUUACGGGUUCAGUGAUGAGUACAGCUUUGUUUUCAAAAAGGAGUCCAACUUUUACAAGAGGCGUGCAAGCAAAAUUCUAUCCCUCAUUGUCUCCUCCUUCACAUCUGUGUAUGUCACAAAAUGGAAAGAAUAUUUUCCUGAGAUGGAGUUGAGGUUCCCCCCUUCAUUUCAAGCCCGGGUCAUAGUUUGUGCAUCAUUGGAGGUGCUUCAAGCAUAUCUUUCUUGGAGACAAAAUGACUGUCAUAUAAAAAAUCAGUAUUAUACUUGCCUUUGGAAACUGAUUAAAUCUGGAAAGACUGAAGUGGAAGCACAAGAAAUUUUAAAGGGUACCCAGAAACAAGAGAAACAUGAGCUGCUUUUCCAACAGUUUGGAAUCAACUACAAAACUAUCCCCAACAUAUUCCGUCAAGGAUCAUGUGUUCUCAAAAUAGAGGUAGAAGAUAUUGUUAAGUAUGCUAAUAAUGGUAAUCCUAUUAAAAGAGUGAGGAGAAAGGUGAUAAUGGUUCAUUCAGGAAAUAUAGCCUCAAGAAGUUUCUGGAAUAGCCACUCAUGUCUCCUGAAGGAGUUGGGUAGUUUUGCAGAGGACAUCAACAAAGUUAAACCUGAGUUUGUGAAGUCCUUCCAAUUUGAGCAAAAGUUGAUGCCUUUUACUUGGAUUGUGGUUAGAAUUGAUGGCUGUCACUUCCACAGAUUUUCUGAAGUACAUGAAUUUGAGAAACCAAAUGAUGGACAGGCUUUGAACCUUAUGAAUUCAUGUGCAGUGGCUGUGUUGGAAGAGUUCCGGGAUGUAGUAUUCUCAUAUGGCGUUAGUGAUGAGUAUAGCUUUGUCUUGAGGAAGGAUUCACAGUUCUGUCAGAGGCUGGCCAGCUGCAUCGUGUCUCUCAUUGUCUCGUUUUUCUCUUCAAUGUAUGCAAUGAAGUGGAGAGAAUUCUUCCCACAGAAAGAGUUGAAGUGCUCUCCAUAUUUUGAUGGACGGGCUGUAUGCUAUCCAUCGAAGGAGAUAAUUCGAGAUUAUCUAGCAUGGAGACAAGUUGAUUGUCACAUUAACAAUCAGUACAAUACUUGUUUCUGGAUGCUUGUUAAAUCUGGCAAAACCAAAAGGGAAGCUCAGGAGUAUUUAAAGGGUACUCAAGCUCAAGAAAAAAAUGAGCUCCUUCUCCAGCAUUUUAGUAUUGACUACCAAACAUUACCUGUCAUGUUCCGCCAUGGAUCUUCUGUUUUCUGGGACAAGGAUAAUGAAACACUGAAUGAUGUUCCUCGGGGAAAAUCUCAAAAGAAAGUUGUUGUGCAGCAUUGUAAUAUAAUUGAACAGAACUUUUGGAAAGCCCAUCCAAGCCUCCUUGAUGAAAAGCAUUAGAUGCUAUGAAGCAUGUGGUUUACUAUCUCCAAUCCAAGAUAAAAUACAAUUUCAUUGCUCAAAAUCUCAAGAAGAUGAAACGCUUGUAUUCAAUGAUGAUUUGGGGGACAUCAUGAAAGAAAGUUGUGCAACACUCUAAUACAAUUGAACCGAGCUUUUCGAAAGCACAUCAUCUGUCCUUAAGGAAAGCACUAGAUGCUACAGAGCAGAGGAUUUAUUAUCUCCAACUAGCAUACAUCGAAUAUAAUGCCAUUGCUCAAAACCUCGGGUAAGUACCUGUAUUAUGAUGAAUUGGCUAUCAGUUUCUGGUCAUAACAUGCUGUAACUUAAUGUUCAGUGAUCAUAAAACACUGUAAUAGAAUCGAACAGUGCUUUACCAAUUUUGGAUCAUAAAUUGACUAGAGUAUUUUGUAUCGAAAUUUUGGGAUAUAAAUACAUACAGGGAGGAAAUUGGUUAGUUGCCUCUACUCAUAAAUUGAAGCGAUUCCCGCAACACUUAAAUAGUGUUGGACAGUUGAAGAUGUUCCCCAUAUUAAUAGCUAGUUAAAAGCCCAAAUGCAGACCUGUUGCGUGAGAUAACCAACAAUCAGCAUCGCAUCAGAACAUUACAAAUUCUAGUUUGCAUCUUUUGUAAUAAUGUCAAUAUCUUAUAUAGAUAGUCAGUUUAGAAUUGUAAUAAAUGUUGUAUUGCUGUCUGUGCAUUGUUAUGAUGCGCAUAGCCAUUUACAGAUUCCCACAAGAAGAAGAAAAAAAAUAGUGGGCGCAAGUUGUUUAGAAGAGAAUUA